AUUUUUUUUUUCAUCUCAUGAUCCAUCAUCAGCCGUAAGUUCUUAAGAAAAACAGCCAGCACUCAACUAGCUGUCUACUUCCAAUGGCCAACGCAUCCAAGCCCCAGACUAAACCGGAGUCCAUGUCUCAGAAGCUUUGGGACUCGAUGGGUCAGCGCUUUGAGCACCUCUCCCCGGAGGAGGCACUUGCAAUCGCCGAGAAGGCGUCGGCCGAGGCCGCUAACGAAGAGAAAGAACCGACUGAGCAAGACGAAGCCUGGUUUGAGGAACACCGUGAUAUCUUGGCCGUUCAUGCCAAGAACAUGGCGGAUCAGAACACGUGGUUCCAGGCUGAACUCACCAAGAUCACCGCUAGACACACCAUGCUGGUUGCAGACCUUAAAAAACACACAGUUGAGACGGAAAGGUUGAAGGCACUUACAGAACAGAGCAUUCUCAACCUUAUCGACCCGAAGCCUAACGGAUCGCCGGAAAAGAUUCUUGAGCAGCAAAUCCCUGGCAUGCUCGGUAAUCUUUCCGAGUUUCGCCAAUCGCUUAAGGAAUCGUUGGAAGAUUGAAGUGGAAAUAGAGAUUGAUAUAGGAGUUUUGUUUAUGAGGUUUAUGGAAGAAUAGCUGGAUAAAGGAACUAUUGGACAUGGCUGAGAAGCAAAACAGUCGACAACUCUCGUCUGACUUGGGCUCAGAGCAUUGACUGAAAUGGUUUCUGGUAUACCAGCUGAGUGUAUCCCUUAUUACUCCCACCCGUGUGCAUUAUACUAAUGUAUUGAUCGUAUAUCCAAGGAUGAAAUAGUUCUCAAUUUGGAGUCCUCACAAACAAGCGUCCUGGCACGUUUGCAAAACUCGCCCUUCAUUGGUGCAUACGAAAGUAUAUAAUUGCAAGACCAAUCUUUGGAAAUUGGUGCGGUGAAUUCAUAGCAUCGUAUAAAUGGUUUAGCAAGUGAUAGCAGAUGUAGCUUACGAAGUGAUAA